AUGGCCAACGACCUGAUGUGGGAUCACCACUUCUGCCUCACCUGCGACAAGCAGACUGACGGCCCGGCCUACUGCUCAGAAUCGUGCCGCCUGGCCGACUACGAGGGUGCCACCUCCUUCGCACCGCCCUCGGGCCCGGGCUCACCAUCCUGGGUGCCGUCGGGCUCCUCCACCUACAAAUGGGCAAUGGGUGCGCCCACGCCUCGCAGCCGGCAACUGUUUAGCUUGUCGCCCGCCUACGACUUUGGCAACGCCCAGCCGUACUACGGUGCGGCCUCCUCCUCGACGUACAGCUACAACUACACCCGCCAGCCCGCACCCCCGACCACGGCCGUCUCCUCCCCGCGGCACGUCUCGUCCCUGCCACCCACCACCACGGCCGCCACCGCGACGACCGCCACGACGUACCACCACGUGCUCUCGCCCUCGAGCUCGCACAGCAGCCUCAGCUCCAUGCGCAGCGGCAUGAGCUCGGCCGGCGGCCCCAACGCUCUGGUUCUGGGCGCCGGGGGCGCGUUUGCCAACAACGGCACGGGCACGAUGAGCAGCACCAGCAGCCAGACCAGCUACGGCUCGUCCACCGCCAGCAACAGCAGCGACCUGUCGGAGAGGGUCCGGAGCGAGCUCCGAAAGUACGCCAGCUCCUUGGAGCAGGGGAAACUACAGCGCCAGCUGCAGCGCCGGCGGUCUUGCUAG